CUUCGGGGGCUGCGUUUCAUGCCACGCAGGUACAGACGACCGAUUCGCUGAUCCGCCCGCGUAGGAUUCUACUCUGCCGUCUUGGAGGGCUCUCUUGUCCAGAGCCUAUAUUUUGCGAUGCCUCCGAAAAAGGUGACAGCGGCCCAGAAGGCCAAGUCAGUAGCAGCAGGGGAGACUAGCUAGGCCCAGAGGAUUACCAGGGCCCGUGUCGAGAUUAUGCCCCAGUCAGAGGGCUCCUCUACACCGCCACCACCAGAGGCUCCACCGCCAGCUCCCGGAGUUCCAGUGCCCGAGCCUCCAGCUCCACAGCCAGGGGCGGAGGAUGGGACCAUGAGGGAUGCGGUCCAGUUGUUGACCAGGUUGAUAGCAGGGCAGGUUCAUAGGCACGGACUUGGGGGUGAUCGUGCAGACAGACAUGAUAGUUCGAGGGCCCGUGAGUUCCUGACUUGUAAUCCUCCAGAGUUCUUCGGGACAAAGCCCGAAGAGAACCCCCAGGAGUUUAUCAGGCAGAUGCAGCGUACGUUACGGUUGAUUAAGGCUUCUGCGACCGAGUCAGUUGAGUUGGCUUCAUAUCGGUUGCACGAUGUAGCAGCUAAUUGGUAUGAGUCCUGGGAGUUGUCCAGAGACGACGGCUCCCCCAGCAGUAUGGGACGAUUUUACUGAGGCUUUUCUUGGCCACUUUCUGCCUCCGAAGCUACGGCGGGCUAGGGCCGACAUAUUUUUAUUGCUGAGACAGAGGGGCCGCAGCGUCCGAGAUUAUAGUCUAGAGUUUGACUCAUUGGCCAGAUAUGCACCUGCCAUGGUAGCUACUAUGACUGACAGGAUGCACCGGUAUAUUAUGGGGCUGGACCGUUAUUUGGUCGAUAGUUGUCUGGUUAUGGACGCUCAGCCCGGGAUGGAUAUUGCCCGUAUACAGGCGCACGCCCAGGGUAGGGAGGACCGGCAUAAGGGGCAUCAGCCCGACAGGGGUCAGGACCGGAGGCAGCCCAAGAGGGCCAGAUCAGCUGGGUAUUCUGGGGAAUUUCGCAGUAGGCAGCCUCAGCAGCAGCAGCAGUCUAGCAGACAUUCUUCCCAGCCGGCACAGAGCACACCUCCACAGUUCUCGGGCAGGAGAUUUGAUAGCCCAGGGCAUUCAGGAGCAGGACAGAGCUCCAGGGCUUCAGGUUCGCGGGUAGACAGGAGUUCCGGUCAGACGAGGCCACCCAGGCCUCAGUGUUCUCAUUGUGGGAGGUACCACCCUGGAGAGUGCUACCGUGCUACAGGUGCUUGUUUUUCUUGUGGCCGCCAGGGCCAUACUGUGAGAGAGUGCCCGUAUAAGGGUAAUUUAGGAGGUGCAGCGCAGCCUACCGGAUCAGCCGCGGGGUCAUCAUCUUCUUCGGUGGCUAUGCGCCCUACGGGGCAGGGUACACCAGCACCAGCAGGUCGCGGCAGAGGCCGUGGUGGAGUUUCCAGUACUAGCGGUCCUUCGAACCGCAUUUAUGCUUUGGCCAGCCGCCAGGAUCUGGAGGCAUCGCCAAAUGUGGUUACAGGUACAUUAUUGGUCUUCUCUCGGUCUGUAUAUGCAUUGAUUGAUCCAGGUUCUACCUUGUCAUAUAUUUCUCCUCUCGUCGCUAGUAAAAUUGGUAUAACGCCCGAACCUAUAGAGCCAUUUGAAGUAGCUACACCGAUUGGGGACUUUAUUAUAGCGAGACAGGUAUAUAAAGAUUGUUCUGUAAUUAUAUGUGGCCGAGAUACUAAGGCAGAUCUGGUGGAGUUAGAUAUGAUUGAAUUUGAUGUUAUUAUGGGCAUGGAUUGGCUAGCUUCCUGUUAUGCUAACGUUGAUUGCCAGAAAAAGGUGGUUCGCUUCCAAUUUCCCGGGGAACCAAUUAUAGAGUGGGCAGGUAAUACAGCAUCGCCGAAAGGUAAAUUUAUUUCAUACCUUAAGGCGAGAAAGAUGAUCAGAAAAGGGUAAUCAAUAUUGGCGAUGCACUUCAAAUAAUGAGCAAUGACAAAUACAAGAGUGUUGAACAUCGCGUGAUUACUAAUGGGAGCAAGAAUAGGGUUUUUGUGCCCAUUUUCUUGCAUCCAAAGCCUACAAGUGUUAUUGGUCCUUUGCAAGAAACGCUAAAGAAUGGGGAAAAAACAAUUUACAAGCAAAUUCUUUAUUCUGAUUACACCAACAUCUUCUUCAGCAAAGGUCAUGACGGGAAGGACACAAUAGAAUUUGCAAAGAUAUAGACGCAUUUUGUGGUCACAAUAUCUAAUUAUAUUGUUAUAUAUAGAGUACAUGCAUUUCUCCAUAAGAAUGUUACAACAUUCUUGUUAUUAGAUUAUAUGCUAAAAACAAAUAUACUAUGAAUAUUGUACUUAAUUUUAGAGAUAUAUUUCAGAAUAAUUUGACAUCA